UAAACUGACGAAGUUCCAUUCAUUUUCACAUCAUAAAAAUUGAUUUCAAUCGAGUUAUAUUCUAAAGUUAUUUUUGUGUGUAAAUAAAAAAAAUAUAAUUGUGAAUUCAACAAAAUUUUAUGCAAUUUUAACAUAACCUCUACAAAUAAAACGGGGUACGUGAUUUUUGAAUUCAUUGAAUAAAAGAAGGGAAACAGAGACAUAAAUUACAAGUUAAAUUAUCAUAGUGACAGUUCUAUUAUAAUAUUCGUAGUAUAAAAAAAACAAUCAAAAAUUCUACAAAAUGCCUAUUCCAUGUUCGAGGCAGUGUGGGAAGAAAGCUAUCCUUAAAAGACCUAAAACUGGACAUGCCUUAUGUAAAGAAUGUUUUUUUUAUGCAUUUGAAAGUGAGAUUCACAAUACAAUUACGCAGGGUAAAUUAUUUAAACCUGGCGAUAAAGUUGCUAUUGGAGCGUCAGGAGGAAAAGAUUCUACAGUACUUGCGUAUGUUUUAAAAACCUUGAAUGAGAGACAUCAAUAUGGAAUUGACCUUUUUCUUUUAUCUAUUGAUGAGGGAAUUACUGGAUACAGAGAUGAUAGUUUGAAAACUGUUCAGCAGAAUAAAGAUGAUUAUGGACUCCCAUUAAAAAUAUUAUCUUAUAAAGAAUUAUAUGGAUGGACAAUGGAUGAAAUUGUGGCUGAAAUUGGCAAAAAAAAUAACUGUACAUUUUGUGGUGUAUUUCGAAGACAAGCUUUAGAUAGAGGUGCAGCUUUCUUAGGGGUGGAUUGCAUUGCAACAGGUCAUAAUGCUGAUGAUAUUGCAGAGACAGUUCUAAUGAAUAUCUUGAGAGGUGAUAUAGCAAGAUUACAGAGAUGUACUUCAAUUAUUACUGCAGGAGCAGAUUGCAUAAGACGAUGCAAACCUCUUAAAUAUGCAUAUGAGAAAGAAAUAGUAAUGUAUGCAUAUUUUAAACAGUUGGUAUACUUUUCAACAGAGUGUGUAUUUGCACCAAAUGCAUACAGAGGACAUGCAAGAACAUAUCUUAAAGAUUUAGAGAGAAUUAGGCCUUCUUCUAUAUUAGAUAUCAUUCAUUCUGGAGAAACAUUACAAGUAAAAGAAGGUAUCAAACUGCCAGAACGAAGGAAUUGUUCUCGUUGCGGAUUUGUAUCUAGCCAAGAAAUUUGCAAAGCGUGUAUUAUGUUAGAAGGUUUGAAUAGAGGACUUCCCAAACUUGGUAUUGGAAAAUCUACUAAAGUUAAACGAGCACUGGAGUCUAUUGCAAAAGACAAAUGCAAUGACAAAUGUAAUGGCAAAUGUAAAGACAAUGAACAAAUUGAUGAAAAAGAUUUAGAAUUUUGACGAUUUCUUAUGUUUUAAAAUAUAUUUGUAAACUUUCAGGAUAUGUUAUUAAAAUACACAAUUUGCAAAUAA